UACAUGUCUUUGGUGAAAAUAACCCAAAUUAGGAUGUAUUUUUUAGUUUGUAGGAAAGUUAUAGAGUUCACAAACUAUGGCAUAGAUCUGAAUAUUGAUCAAUCCUGAAGUACUGACAGCCAAUCUAAUUUCUUGAGGUCCAAGAAUGUCAGAACAGUACAGAUAUCCCCCAAAUGACCCCUUUUUGCAGAGUAGACAGUCCGACGUACUUCAUAAGAGGCAUGGCGAGUUUUUUGAAGUUGUAUUUUUUUUUUUUCAUAAUUUUUCAGAAAAUGAAAAAUAUUUUUUUUUUUAUAUACUGUCACCA